ACGAAAGCGGAGAUGUAAGCUUCCUAAAAAUCUACACUUUCGUGCCUCUUCUCUGCGGACUCAGAUCUCUUUGUGUGUCUUGCGCGUCUGUGUGAGCACGCUAAGCAUGCAGUCUACCAUGGCUCUAGCAUCUAGCGCCCGUGGACUUUUACGGACCGGAAGAGUCCUUUCAGCAAGACGGCUCGGUCGGCACUUCCGGAAGUGCUGCGCAGGGUUCCGGGAGAGGCUGGCCGGAGAGGGAAAGGCGGCUAUUGACGCGGCAGCUGGAGGAUGAAGAAGGAGCAUGUUAGUCACUGUCAGUUCUCCGCGUGGUACCCACUCUUCCGAAGCCUUACCAUCAAGAGUGUCAUUCUCCCGCUUCCUCAGAAUGUGAAAGACUAUCUACUUGAUGAUGGGACGCUGGUGGUCUCAGGGAGGGAAGAUCCGCCAACAUGCUCCCAGUCAGACAGUGGUAAUGAAGCAGAGGAAACACAGUGGUCCGAUGAUGAGAGCACAGCCACACUUACGGCACCAGAGUUUCCUGAGUUCAACACUCAAGUCCAAGAAGCUAUCAACUCGCUGGGCGGUAGUGUCUUCCCCAAGCUUAACUGGAGUGCCCCAAGGGAUGCAUACUGGAUAGCCAUGAACAGUUCUCUGAAGUGUAGAACCCUCAGUGAUAUCUUCCUGCUUUUCAAGAGUUCUGAUUUCAUCACCCAUGACUUCACACAGCCGUUUAUUCAUUGUACUGAUGACUCUCCAGACCCUUGUAUAGAGUACGAGCUUGUUCUCCGAAAAUGGUGUGAAUUAAUUCCUGGGGCUGAAUUCCGUUGUUUUGUCAAAGAAAAUAAGCUGAUUGGUAUUUCUCAGAGGGACUACACACAAUACUAUGAUCAUAUUUCUAAGCAAAAAGAAGAAAUUUGCAGAUGCAUUCAGGACUUUUUCAAGGAGCACCUACAGUAUCAAUUCUUAGAUGAAGACUUUGUGUUCGAUAUAUACAGAGACAGUAGGGGGAAGGUGUGGCUCAUUGACUUUAAUCCAUUUGGGGAGGUCACAGACUCACUGUUGUUUACUUGGGAAGAGCUAACAUCUGAGAACAACCUACGCGGUGACGUCACUGAAGGGGAUGCGCAGGAGCAGGAUUCUCCGGCCUUCCGUUGCACAAACAGUGAAGUCACAGUGCAGCCCAGCCCCUAUCUGAGCUACGGGCUGCCCAAGGACUUUGUAGACCUUUCCACCGGGGAGGAUGCUCACAAGCUCAUCGAUUUCCUUAAGCUGAAAAGAAAUGAGCAAGAGGACGACUGAGUGCUGCUUGGAGAACAGGCCAAGAGGGAAGCAGCUCUGGCAGAGGCCUCGCAUAGAACACAGCUAGGGGCAGAUGGUGGGCAGGAUGCAAAAUCAUUGGCUUUUAUAUUCAUGUAUAUUUACCUGGAAAAAGAUGGAGGGCCUUUGGUACUUGUAAAAAAAAACCCAACAUAAUAAAUAGAUCUUAAACAUAA